UUCUUAGAGAAAGAAGAAAUAAGAAAAAGAAGAAGAAGAAUGGGAAUAUCAUCAAAGUUACAAGUUAUUGGUUUGUUGUUAGUUGGCCUACUGGCUUUGCAGGCAGGGGCUAAUUUUGAUUAUGGAGAUGCCAUGGACAAGACUUUGCUCUUCUUUGAGGCACAGAGGUCUGGAAAAUUGCCUCCACAUCAACGUGUCAAAUGGCGCGGCGAUUCUGGACUCAAGGAUGGUUUUCUCCAAGGGGUGAACUUGGUAGGAGGGUACUAUGAUGCAGGAGAUCAUGUAAAGUUUGGAUUGCCAAUGGCAUUCAGUUUGACAAUGCUAGCAUGGAGUGCUGUUGACUACAGCAAGGAAAUUGUAAAACUUAAUCAGAUGGGCAAUACCUUGGCUGCCAUUAAGUGGGGUACUGAUUAUUUCAUCAAAGCACAUACUCAGCCAAAUGUUCUCUGGGCUCAGGUGGGAGAUGGAGAAUCUGAUCAUUAUUGUUGGGAGAGAGCAGAAGACAUGACAACCCCAAGAACUGCUUAUAAACUUGAUCCCAACCACCCUGGUUCUGACCUUGCUGCUGAAACUGCUGCUGCUUUGGCUGUUGCCGCUCUUGCAUUCAAGCCUUAUGACUCUUCCUACUCUGCCCUCCUUUUAGUGCACGCGAAACAGCUAUUCUCAUUUGCGGAUACCUUCAGAGGUUUGUAUGAUGAUUCCAUCCCAAAUGCUCAAGCAUUCUACACAUCAUCUGGUUAUUCGGAUGAGCUUCUUUGGGCUGCUGCCUGGCUCUAUCGAGCAACUAAGGAUGUGUACUAUUUAAAAUAUGUGGUGGACAAUGCGGUAUCUUUGGGUGGAACUGGAUGGGCAGUCAGGGAAUUUUCUUGGGACAAUAAAUAUGCUGGUGUUCAAAUCCUUCUUACCAAGAUUCUCCUAGAUGGAGAUGGUGGAUCAUACACUCCAACACUAAAACAGUACAAGGCUAAAGCAGAUUACUUUACCUGUGCUUGUUUGCAGAAAAAUGAUGGGUAUAAUGUAGUCCUGACUCCUGGAGGCCUGAUUUAUAUUCGCGAAUGGAAUAAUCUGCAAUACGCUUCAUCAGCCGCUUUCCUACUUGCCGUGUACUCCGAUUAUCUUUCUGAGAGAAAGGCUGUAUUAACAUGUCCGGAAGGUCAAGUUCGGCCAUCAGAUGUCCUUUCCUUUGCUAAAUCACAGGCUGAUUACAUUCUUGGUAAAAAUCCCAAGGCUAUUAGCUACUUGGUUGGUUAUGGACAAAACUACCCAAUCCAUGUUCACCACAGAGGCGCCUCCAUUGCCCCUGUCUCAGUCCUUCAUUCUGCUGUUAGUUGUAUAGAAGGAUUUGAGACUUGGUAUCGCCGCCCUCAGGCAAAUCCCAACAUUAUAUAUGGUGGCCUUGUGGGAGGUCCAAGCAAAAUCGACGACUUCAGUGAUGACAGGUCCAACUACGAACAAACCGAGCCAACAUUAUCCGGUUCAGCUCCUCUUGUAGGACUCUUCUGCAAAUUGCAGUCCCUCUCUGCAGGUUCUUAUCAUCAUAGAUUACCAACACCUUACCAGAAGCCUCCAGUUUUCUAUCACCCACAAACAGCAGCUCCCUACCAUAAAGCUCCAGAAUCAUCAAACCCCUACAAUAAAGCUCCAGGUGACCCGAUCAAGUUUUUGCACUCAAUAAUUUCAACAUGGACAAUAGGACCAACAACUUACUACAAGCACAAGGUGGUGGUGAAGAACAUAUCUCAAAAGCCAAUCACAAAUCUCAAGUUAACGGUUGAAAACCUUUCAGGAUCAUUGUGGGGGCUCAGUCCAUGCCUAGAGAAGAACACCUACGAGCUUCCUCAGUGGAUUAAAAUACUAUCACCUGGUUCAGAACUCAUUUUUGUAUAUGUUCAAGGAGGUGCCCAAGCCAGGGUUUCAACUAAGAGCUACCACUAAUUGAAAGAUGAUCGGGGAAAACCAAUUAUUAUCCAAUUUUCUAGAGGCUCUAAUUUUUUACCAAGAUAUUUUCCCUUUUCUUUUUUCAUGUUUGAACCAUUGACAAUUGUAACAUGGUAAUGAGAAUGCUAUUAUGAGAUCAAUGAACUUUGUGAAUUA